AUGGUUGCCCCUGAGACGCCCCCGCCGGAACACACGCUCCGGGCCCUACCUGGAGGAGGGGACGGGGCGAGCGUGCACCUGCCGCUCACCUGUCACACACCUGGGUGCGGGUCUGGCCGCGGGAAGAAGCGGGCGUACCGCGAGCAGGUCCAGCGGGAGCGGCUGCCGGAUUUCCUCUCCGGCCCGGAGCGCCAGGCCCUCCGCGCCGCCUGGGUCCCCUACGAGGACGCCGUCGUUGCCCCCGCGCGGGGCAAGGCCAAGGCCCCCGCGAAGGGCCCCGCCGAGCCGGACGAGUCCCUGGCCUACUGGCCGGACCGCUCGGACACCGAGGUGCCGCCUCUGGACCUGGGCUGGACCGACACCGGCUUCUACCGCGGCGUGAGCCGCGUCACCCUUUUCACGCACCCUCCCAAGGAAGAGAAGGCCCCGCACCUGAAGCAGGUGGUCAGGCAGAUGAUCCAACAGGCCCAGAAGGUCAUUGCUGUGGUCAUGGACCUCUUCACCGAUAGCGACAUUUUCCAAGACAUUGUAGAUGCUGCCUUUAGGCGUCGGGUGCCUGUGUACAUCAUCCUGGAUGAGGCCGGUGUGAAGUACUUCCUGGAGAUGUGUCAGGGCCUGGGGCUCUCUGACUUCCGUAUCCGGAACAUCCGCGUCCGCUCGGUGACGGGGGUCGGCUUCUACAUGCCCAUGGGGAAGAUCAAGGGGACCCUGUCAUCGAGGUUCCUCAUGGUGGAUGGGGACAAAGUAGCCACUGGAUCUUAUAGGUUCACCUGGAGUUCCUCCUACGUGGACAGGAACCUUCUUCUCCUGCUGACUGGGCAGAACGUGGAGCCCUUUGAUGUGGAGUUCCGGGAGCUAUACGCCAUCUCCGAGGAGGUGAACUUGUACCGGCAGCUGGGCCUGGCAGGAGGCGCAGGCCGACUUGGCCUUAACUACUCCUCCACCGUGGCCCGCAAGCUUAUCAACCCCAAGUACGCCCUGGUGGCAGGCAGCCGCCCCCCUCCGGGGGAGAUGAUGCGCUGGGCGAACCGGCAACAGCAGGAGACUGGUGGCAACCCGGUGGGGCAAGAGGAGGGCAACGGCGGUGGCGAGGCAGCCCGGCGCCUGGAGAGCUUCCUGAAUGACCUGGUCACGGUGGAGCAGGUGUUGCCCACCGUGGAGCCCAUUCCUUUGAGGGAGCUGAGCCAGAAGGAUGCCAAGAUGGGCUCUCACCUGCACUCAGACCGGAGGCCAAAAUCCCGAGAGAUUCUUACCCAGAACAGCAAGGGGGAAGCAGCCAACGGGGAGGCCACCCCGGCCAAGGAGGGCAAGCGCUUCGGCAGCAAGUUCCUCAGCCGACGGGCCAAGAGGCCAGCAGUGCCCCACAGCAUGGCCAGCUCCCUCUCCACAGACACCUUUACGGAUGCCGAGCUUCUGGUAGGGAAGAGGCCCGCGGGGGAUUCCAGAGCCGACGUCUCAGGUAAAACAAGUCCGGGUUCCGCUAAGCCCAGCAACUGCGUGGUUUCCUGAGCGUGGGCCUGCAGGGGCCCACCUGUCCUGCCCUGCCCAGAGAGCACCUGUUUGCACAUCAGACCCCCACCCGCGGGCCUCCAUCCUUCAGCCUCUAUCCUGACCUCAGGGCGGAAUCCCAGAUGGGAGGAUUCCCAGCGCUUCAAG